AUGAAUGAAGAUAGAUCCUUAUGGGAUGCUUGUAAGACAGAUAUGCAAGGUGAAAUUGUAAAGCUACAAGAUAGGCUUGAUUUUGCAGUUAAUGAAAGAAAAGUGUUGGAGAAGAGAUAUGAGGAAUUGGAAAAUGAGUUGAAAGAGUUUAAUGAUAUAAAUAAGGAAUUACAAAAUAAAAUUAUUGAAGAUGGAUUUUUGUUUGAUGCUUGUAAGAAUCAUGAAAAAAAGUGCACUAUACUGAGAGAAGAAAAGAGAAGCUUGCAGAAAAAACUGAAAGAAUGCGAUGAAAGGAUCAGAGAAUUAAAUGUAAAAUUUGGCUUGUCGGGUAAUUGUAAGGAAAAUUUGGAAGGCAAAGUUGCAGGUCUGGUUGAUGAAAAUAUGAUAACGAGUCCGGAGCAUGAUGAAUUGUGCAACCAUUUAACAGAUGAAAAAUAUAUGCUGGAACAUAAGUUGAAUGAAUGCAAUGGCAGGAAGAACAAAUUGCAUGCAAAGAUGAAUGAAUACAAUGAUAAUAAAACUUCUAAGGCAGAUUUUAACAUCUCUGUUACAAAGAGUAAUGUUUGA